UGUGUGUCUGUGUGUGUGUGUGUCUGUGCGUGUGCAUGUGACUGUCAUCUCCAGCCUUUCUGUCCAUCUCACUAAUACUAACGCUUUCCUGGUGGCCAUGCAGAAUACACUGUGAAAUUAACCUCACUUCCUGUUCGUUUUUUUUUUACCGCAUCACCUGUGUGUGUUGGACAGAGUAUGCCCGUGGGUGGAAGUAAUUUCAAAAUGCCGUGACGGAUAUCGGUGAAGAAGAGAACAUGUUGGUGUCAUUGCACUCAAUGGAAUUAGAUUAGCACUCGAGGUUAAUGUGACUGACAGGCAGUUGAGGCAAUCAGCAGCCAUGUCCUCAAGGGUGACGCCGCGGGACACGGCUCUAGUCCCGCCUCCGGGGACUGUCCUGGAGCGAAUAGAGGAGACCUCCGAGGACUCCCAGCAUACCACAGAUCAACCAGUGUCCACUGCAGGACUCUUUAACGUCAAUUAUAACAACAACAAUGAAGAAGAAGAGAAGGAGAAAAAGAAGAAAGAGAAAAAGGAGAAGAAAGAAAAAAAGGAAAAGUAAGAAAUGUGUUUCCCAUGCAAGCCACAAGAGGGCGCAAUGAAAAAAAAAAAAGAGAAAAAAGCUAAAAAAGAGCAGAAGCAGAAGGAGAAAGAGGAGAAGGAGAAAGAGAUAGAAAAAGAGAAGGAGAAAGAAAAAGAGAAGGAGAAAGCAAAAAUAGAGCUACCCAAAGAGAUCUAUGUUGUGGACCCAGCAGGAAACAUGUACUACAACUGGCUCUUUGUCAUCACAGUGCCUGUCAUGUACAACUGGACAAUCAUAAUCGCCAGGGCAUGUAUGGAGGAGAUGCAAGAGGACUACUUGAUAGGCUGGUUUAUCUUCGACUUUGCGGCUGAUCUGAUAUACCUGGCUGAUAUGGUGUUCCGCACUCGCACAGGUUACCUGGAGCAGGGGCUGUUGGUGAAGGACGAGAAGAAGCUGCGGGAGCGCUACACGAAGAGCCUUCAGUUUAAGCUGGACCUGAUCUCCAUGAUCCCCACCGACGUCUUCUACUUGGUCUUUGGCAUCCGCUAUCCCGAGAUCCGUAUGAAUAAGCUGUUCCGCGUAGGCCGCAUGUUUGAGUUCUUCGAGCGCACAGAGACCCGAACCAACUUCCCUAAUGUGUUCCGCAUCUCCAACCUCGUCAUGUACAUCCUUAUCAUUAUCCACUGGAAUGCCUGCUUGUACUACUCCGUCUCCAAGUGGAUCGGAUUCGGAAACGAUGGCUUCGUCUACCCGGACACCUCGGAUCCUGAGUUCGCCAGGCUCGUCCGGAAGUACGCCUACAGCAUGUACUGGUCCACACUGACCCUCACCACCAUCGGCGAGACGCCCCCUCCAGUCAAGAACUCCGAGUACUUCUUUGUCGUGACCGACUUCCUGGUGGGCGUAUUGAUUUUCGCUACCAUCGUCGGUAACGUGGGCUCCAUGAUCACCAACAUGAACCAGGCGAGAGCUGACUUCCAGGCCCGCAUCGACGCCAUCAAGCAGUACAUGACCUUCCGAAAGGUCUCCAAAGACCUGGAGCAGCGAGUGGUUAAGUGGUUCGACUACCUGUGGACCAACAAGAAGGCCGUGGACGAGCGUGAGGUGCUCAAGUACCUGCCCGAUAAGCUGAGGGCCGAGAUUGCCAUCAACGUGCACCUGGACACGCUGAAGAAGGUGCGUAUCUUUGCCGACUGCGAGGCAGGCUUGCUGGUGGAGCUGGUGCUGAAGCUGGAGCCUCAAGUCUUCAGCCCUGGAGAUUACAUCUGCAAGAAGGGCGAUAUCGGCCGAGAAAUGUACAUCAUAAAGGAGGGCAAACUGGCGGUGGUGGCCGACGACGGCAUCAAGCAGUUUGUUGUCCUGAGCGACGGCAGCUACUUCGGCGAGAUCAGCAUCCUCGCCAUCAAGGGCAGCAGGGCCGGCAAUCGCAGGACCGCCAACAUCCGCAGCAUCGGCUACUCUGACCUCUUCUGCCUGUCCAAGGACAAUCUGAUGGAGGCGCUCACCGAGUACCCCGACGCGAAGGCCAUGCUUGAGGAGAAAGGCCGGCAGAUCCUGCUCAAGGACAACCUGCUGGACCUGGAGGUGGCCGCCCAGGGCCCCGACCCCAAGGAGAUGGAGGAGAAGGUCAUCCACAUGGGGGGGUCUCUGGAUCAGCUCCAGAUGCGCUUCGCCCGCCUGCUGGCUGAACACGAGGCCACCGAGGGCAAGCUGAAGAAACGCGUCACGCGCCUGGAGAGGAAGAUGGCCGUUAGUGCCGGUGUGGUGUUCUCCACCGAGAUGGGGGAGCAAGAGAAGAAAGAGGAGGCCAAGAAGGACUAGGAGGGAGACGGGGGAGAAAAGGGGGGACAGGGAGAGACGAGAAGAAGACAGCGGAGAAGGACAGUUGGGAGACAUUGGACGAGGGGGACCAGGAGCCACACAGGGGACACACAGGAGCCACACAGGGGACACAGAGCCCUACUCCUGACAGACUUUCACAGCAGGGGCAGGACUGUGGGGGAGAGCGAUAGAAAGUGAGCUUGCUGGUCCCUCAAACUGAUAACCUUCCAUCCUGACAUGUUGUGAAUCAGAGACCAGGUUGUGAUCCUGUGAUACGCUGAAAUGCACACUGGUGUUUGUGGU